AUGGAACAACUGCUGCCCACAUCUAUAGCGAGAACCCCUCGCCGCCGCCGGACUAGACUCGCCUGCACAGCAUGUAAGCUUCGGAAGCGGAAGUGUGACGGAGGAAAUCCCUGCGCGUCCUGCACGAGAUACGACUAUCAAUGCUAUUACGACCAGCCCUCUCGGCCCAAGAAGGCUGCGGCAGUGUUAUUACGACAAAAUCAGUCUCAACACCAAAAUAUCAACCUCGAAAGCACGUCCCAGCAGGAACUGCCGCCCAAGACUUGCCAUGACGGCAUUCCUUUUAACCGUGCCAGUGACAAUGAUAAGCAGACUCAGUCGGCCUCGCGUGAGCGAAAUAUGGAAGCAAAUUCCGGCGUGGUCUUCCCACGUACUCUCGGCUUGAGGUUAAACUCUCAGAUUAACGCCCAAAGGAGGGAAUGUCCCGGCUGGAAUUUGGGUAUCCGCCAUUGUUCGCGGCGCUCGGAAAAGAGUAUUACUUGGAUUUUAUCCCAUAAUGCUUGGCAAGAAUUGUAUCGUAUCUACGAAGAGAAGAUCCAACCCAUCUAUGGGUUUCUAGACUUACAAUCGGUGUAUGCCAUCGCCCAACGGCGGUGGGAAGACCCCAAUGCCACAAAUGAGUUUGAUAGCGUGCUGUGCGGCGUGGCGGCAUUGGGUUCCAUGUUUUCGUCUCAAGCAAGCUGGGAGCAGGAGCGUCAGCUUGUUGAAUGCUCCAAAGAGAUCCUUGAGUCAUCUGGUACUCUGGUGAACCCAACGCUGGAUGAUGCCGCAGGCUGGCUCCUGCGUACGUUGUACCUACGAUGCAGUAGCUCCCCGCACGCCUCCUGGAUGGCAAGUUGUACUGCGCUUCAUAUAAUUGAAGCUAUUGGCAUACACCAGGAAUCUGCGACUGGUGUUAUUUCACUGGUUUACGCUGAUACUGCGUCUCCUCCAUCGACUGACGCAGACCAGAAAGAAACCGAGAUCAAGAGACGGGUCUUCUGGAUUGCAAAAAUACUAAAUACCUGGAUUUCUUUCGAAUAUGGGAGGACAAGAGUCAUCCUUCAAGGAGAGUCCUGUCGCGUACCUAAGUCGGAGGGCCUAGAUGGCGAUUGCACUUCUGUCUUGAUAUCUUUGUUUCAAAUUUCCGAUAAUUUAGACCCAAGCAAAGACAUGUCAGCUGACGAUUUGGAGAAAUGCUUGGAACAGUUACAGCAUUAUAACUUUGAAAAUAGUGCGUUAGUCCUUUCGCAGAGCGUCUUGGCGUUCACUAUCUACCGACGCCUUCAACUUCUUGGCUUGAGUGCCAAUAAGACAGUGAUCGAUCGAGUAAUUAGUCUUGGGCGCCGAGGCCUUGAGGCAUCUCGCCAAUGCAUCGACGACAAUUGCCCUUGGUGGCAUGUCAACAACGUGCCUUUUCAGUUUACUUGUGUCCUUCUGGCGAUUGAUACGCCUGAUUCAUUGCUGCAUAUUCGAGAAUCAAUGGCAAUCUUGAAAAAGACUGCUAAGCAUUUCGGAACCCCCAAGUCCUACCAGGCAUUCGAGACUGUUAAGAGGUUGGUUCGUCUAUCGCAGAUGCGAAAGCAACAGGAUGCCGUCGUUCUGGAUGGUUAUCUGCUGGAGCAGGAAGAGCAGGAAACACAGGAGUCUCGUCAUCUGCAGGACCUGGGACAACAGCAACGUGACCCCAAAGACUAUAGGAACACGGAAGAUCAGUUAGCUCCUUUAAAUGAUGGUAACAGCAACGGACUUGCUGAUUUGUCUGGAUUUUUGGACCCUGUUGACUGGAGUGCACUGAUACAAGACCCUUUUAACUUUGAAGCAACGAUAUUCUGA